AAGAUAUUAUCUCAAGAUGGCUUCAGUUCGUAACGUUCUAGUUCUGGCAGUGCUGUGCAUCUUAGCUGGCGUCAACAGCCAAGCUACCGAUGAAGAAGUGCCGAUCAAUGCUGAUGAACUGGAAAAUAUCAUUGAUGAGGCAGAAGUCAAGAACAGUGACCUUACUUGGGUCGAAUGUGACCCCUCAGUAGUACCAAGGAAGUCCUGUUACGAUUGCAACACGAGAAUAAUUUGCAAGAACAUCGGUGGUCUAUUGCUCGAAUGCCCAAAGAAUUUUGUACCUUAUUGUAAUGGUGGCAAGUGCGUCAGCGAACCUAGUGCUGAAUGUGCUUAGUAAAUAUUUUCCAUUGAAUAAAUGAUGAAUAUCACUA